ACUGUUGCAUUGAUUUAGAGUUUGAUUGUUUUCACAACUAAGUAUUCAUUAUUUUUUAGUGUUGAUGAUUAAGCUGUCAACGGGAAUUGCAAGCGUCACAAGCGAUACAAAAUUCCAAAAAGAAAAAAAAAUCUCGACAGUGUAACGUUACUGCAAUCUAUAUGCUGUCAGCAACCACAUGGCAAAUUAUACUGUUCUUCAUCGUCUCGCAUGAGCGCUCACCCGUCGAGGGGUUUCCGGCACAUAAGUCACAUCACUGCAUCAUGCUAAGCUACUCACAUUGUAUUUACAACCGCCACGGAUGUUGCAACUACUUUUCUUUUUUUUUUUUAAUUUGUAAAAGAGAGAAUAGUGUACUUUAUGUUAUCUUUACCAUUAAGAGAAAUACAUUGCUUAUAACAAUACUGCUGUUUGUACUGAAAUAAGCUCCAAGUUAUAUUAAGUUCUCCUUUAUUAUUUUGCUUUCUGCUCAAAAAAUACUAACUACCCGCUUACAGGAUUACUCUGGUAUUUGCUGAACU